AUGGCUGGCCAGUCCCGCGGGGCCACAAUCGCACUGCUGGGGGUCCUGCUGCUCGGCGCCGUGCGCCCGGGAGCUGAAGCUUCCGAGAUUGCUCUGCCACACGGAAGUGGCAUUACGGUUCUCAUAAAACCUGGGACCCCCACGCUGCCGGUGAAACCCUGUUACAUCAUCAGUACUAAAGGACACUUAACCACAUUGACCAUCAAAUCCGGAGAAAAGGCGGUCUUUUCCUUUAACUGCCGGGACCCAGAGAAGCACUUUGUCAUCGAGAUCCAGAAGAAUAUUGACUGCAUGUCAGGCCCGUGUCCUUUCGGGGAGGUCCAGCUUCAGCCGUCAACAUCGGUGCUGCCCGCCGUCAACAGAACUUUCAUCUGGGACGUCAAGGCUCACAAGAGCAUUGGUCUAGAGCUGCAGUUCUCGGUCCCUCGCCUGAGGCAGGUCGGGCCGGGAGCGAGCUGCCCAGACGGAGUCACUUACAACAUCAGCGGCCGCAUCGAUGCCACCGUGGUGAGAAUCGGAACCUUCUGCAGCAACGGCACUGUGUCCCGCAUCAAAAUGCAAGAAGGGGUGAAAAUGGCCUUACACUUGCCGUGGUUCCACAGGAGAAACGUCUCUGGCUUCAGCAUCGCAAACCGGUCUUCUAUAAAACGGCUGUGCAUCAUCGAAUCCGUGUUCGAAGGUGAAGGUUCCGCCACCCUGAUGUCUGCCAACUACCCGGAUGGCUUCCCUGAGGACGAGCUCAUGACCUGGCAGUUCGUCGUUCCCCCGCACCUGCGGGCCAGCGUCUCCUUCCUUCACUUCAACGUCUCCAACUGCGAGAAGAAAGAGGAACGGGUUGAAUACUAUAUCCCGGGCUCCACCACCAACCCCGAGGUGUUCAAGCUGGGGGACAAGCAGCCCGGGAACAUGGCUGGGAACUUCAACCUGUCUCUCCAGGGCUGUGACCAAGACGCCCAAAACCCAGGGAUCCUCCGGCUGCAGUUUCAAGUUUUGGUCCAACAUCCACAGAAUGAAAGCAAUAAAAUCUACGUGGUCGACUUGAGCAAUGAGCAAGCCAUGUCGCUCACCAUCGAGCCACGGCCCGUCAAGUUCAGCCGCAGGUUUGUCCCCGGCUGCUUCGUGUGUCUGGAGUCUCGGACCUGUAGCACCAACCUCACCCUGACCUCCGGCUCCAAACACAAGAUCUCCUUCCUUUGUGAUGACCUGACUCGCCUGUGGGUGAACGCCGAGAAGACCAUAAGCUGCAUGGACCACCGGUACUGCCCCAGGAGGCCCUACUCCCUCCAGGUGCCCAGGGACGUCCUCCAGCUGCCCGUGCAGCUGCACGACUUCUCCUGGAAACUGCUGGUACCCAAGGACAGGCUCAGCCUGGCAUUGGUGCCGGCCCAGAAGCUGCAGCAACACACGCCCGAGAAGGUCUGCAACACCAGCUACAGCUACCUGGUGGCCAGCACGGUCCCCGGCCAGGACCUCUACUUCGGCUCCUUCUGCCCCGGAGGCUCCAUCCAGCACAUCCAGGUGAAGCAGAACGUCUCCGUGACCCUCCGCACCUUCGCCCCCAGCUUCCAACAAGAGGCCUCCAGGCAGGGCCUGACCGUGUCCUUUAUCCCCUACUUCAAAGAGGAAGGCGUUUUCACGGUGACCCCAGACACAAAAAGCAAGGUCUACCUGAGGAGCCCUAACUGGGACCGGGGCCUGCCGUCGCUCACCUCAGUGUCCUGGAACAUCAGUGUGCCCAGCGGCCAGGUGGCCUGCCUGACCUUCCUCAAGGAGCGGACCGGCGUGGUCUGCCAGACGGGGCGUGCAUUCAUGAUCAUCCAGGAGCAGCGGACCAAGGCCGAGGAGAUCUUCAGCCUGGAGGACGAGGUCCUCCCCAAGCCAAGCUUCCACCACCACAGCUUCUGGGUCAACAUCUCCAACUGCAGCCCUGUGAGUGGCAAGCAGCUGGACCUGUUCUUCUGGGUGUUGCUUACCCCAAGGACUAUGGACCUGACUGUCAUCAUCACGGCGAUCGUGGGAGGUGGCGCCUUGCUGCUGUUUGCCCUCGGACUCAUCAUUUGCUUCGUGAGAAAGAAGAAAAAGAAGACAAGCAAAGGCCCAUCUGUAGGCAUCUACAACGGCAACAUCAACACCCAGAUGCCGAUGCAGCCAAAAAAGUUUCAGAAGGGACGAAAGGACAGUGACUCCCACGUGUAUGCAGUCAUCGAUGACACCAUGGUAUAUGGCCAUCUGUUGCAAGAUUCCAACGGCUCCUUCCUACAGCCAGAGGUGGAUACCUACCGGCCGUUCCAGGGACCCACGGGGGACUGCCCUCCCUCCCCACCCCUCACAGGCUCCAGGACCCCGACUGCAAAGCUGACCGUAGACGAGCCAUCCCCCAGCUUCCCUGCUGAGUCUGAGAGUGAACCAUAUACCUUCUCCCACCCCAACAACGGGAACACAGACAUUCCCUUGCUGGACACCCAUGAGCCCACGGAGCCUGGGGAGUAACCUGGACCCAUCCCAAAGACUUUUGCUGAAAGCGGGGCACUGAGACACCCUUUAGGGGUCUCCAGCAGAAACCCUAAAGAGGAGUUUUAUGGAAGGAACAGCAGGAGGUUUUACUGGACGCCACCAACCCCUGAUUUCCAAGCGGGCUUGUUCCGACAAUGGGACGUUGAAAGUGAUGAACGCCUACCUGGAUACAGUCGUCCCAGUCCGUAUCCUUCUGAAGCCAGGUUGGGUUGUAAACCAGCCGUAAGGAGAGGGGAGGGCUGUGAGUCACCCCGUACGAGGUUGUAAUGAGCUCUGGAUCUGGAUUUGGAACUCUUCAGGGCGACAAUACUGAUCCCUAGGAGCCCAUCCAAGGUCCCUGCUCCCCCUGGAGCCCCCUGGAUGAAAAGGACGAUGUGCCUUAUUAUUAUUAUUUAUUUGGGGGUCCUGUGUAUUUAAGAAGUCGAAGGUAUGACCACGCAGCUCUUUUCACCUGACGUAGUGACAGCUCACGCUCACUGGUUGGAUGGCUGGGUUUUGACUUCUCCCGACCACUAGAUAAACAUGUACCUGUUCCCUGGAAGAUGGGAAUGAUUUGCGAUCUGUCCAGCCAGGAAAGGGUGUGCAUGUUUGAGGGCAUUGACACUUACCUGCUUUGACAAGAGGCUUCAUGGUUCUCUUGCUCUGCUCGUGGUCAUCCUCACUGUCCUUCAGUCCCAGAAGGAAGAGAAAUUUCCUUGAGUUGCCGUGGGUGGCUGUCCCAGCUCCAGCCGUACUUCGGUAUUUAAGCAGAAAUGUAGAGAGGAUUUGCAUCCCCUGAAAGUGUUUAAUGACACAGGGGAGACUGGCCACUGGGUUCCUUUCCUAUCGCUACCGUAACCAAUUAUCUCAAACCCGGUGGCUUAAAACAACGCAAAUUUCUUAGCUUCCGGUUCUGGAGAUGAGAAGGGCAUGGAUGGGUUUCACGGGGCCAGCUAGCAUCAGGGUGUUAGCCCCUUCUGGAGGCUCUAGGGGAGAGUCGGUUGCCUUGCCUUUUCAAGCUUCUAGAGGCUGCUCACACUCCUUGCCUCCGAUGGGGCUGGGCACACCGUGGCACCUGCACUGUCACUGGCAGGGUGACCCUGAUGCCCCUCUUUCCUUCUUUCGUUUAGAAAGCCCACCCACCCAGAUAAUCCGGGAUCAUCUCCCCGUGUCGAGCUCUUUAAUUUAAUCACACUGAAAAGUCCCCUUUUGCCGUGUGAGGUACCAUAUCCACAGGUCCCUGGGAAUUGGGCACAUCUCUGGGGAAUCAUUGUUCUGCCCAUCACACCCCCCUGCCAGUGCAGGACAGACUGUAAAAUGACCCAGCCCGCCAGUGUGCUUGGUUUGGCCUGAGAAUCUUUUUUAUUUUUUUUUUUUUUAAGAAUUAGCCACUAACAUUUAAAAUUCUAAAAUGUUUGCGUAAAAAUCUGGAUCGGGACGUGCGGCUGGCCUGGGGGGCUCACGCUGUCACCCAGCAGCCGCUGGCUGGAGCUGGUAAAGCAGGUCCAGUUUUAGGUGGGACACCUGGUGUCCCGGUUCAACCCAGCCUCCCCCCCCCUCCCACCCCCCCACCCCUGCCACCACAUUUCUUCUCACACUGAUGCUGAGUCUGUGGCUAAAGAUCAGUGCGCGUCCCCCCACCCCGCUGCAGGGUUGCUUUGUUUAUAAAGAAAUGGAAAGUUUGGGCCCUAGAUCUCUCAUCGAAUGAGAAGACAGGCCUCGAGGCUGGUGUGUGUUUCAGGAAAGGUUUUUCCCACACACAGCCCCGCGUCCCUCGUUCACACUAAUGACCAGCCGAGCUCCUGUGGGCGUUUGCCUCUGUGGCCCCUGCUGUCCUCCGGGAGGAGAGGGAUGGUGUUCCGGCUUGACAACACUAUCCAGAGGUCAGUGUUUCUGUGGCCAGACCUCCUUUAAAGGUAAACCGGCUUCAUUGUGUUCGGUGAAUUCACCUGGGAAACACCCGGCCUAGACUUCGCUACUUUGCCUCCAUGAGGACUUGUGCAGUCUCCGGACUGGUGUAUCUUCCGAGGCCUCUUGGACUCUUUCCAGAAGGAAGAGUCGGUUGUUUUAGUGAUGACCUUGGUGGUGCCCCCGGCACCUUUCCCUUCGGAAAGGCGGCCCCCUGCCCAGUUACCCUCGGCCUCUCGGCCUGAGAUGCGGGCGACCUCCCCCAUGAGGGGCCAGCGGAGGGCUGGGGCUUCCUGCCCACAACUGGAAUUGGAUCGUUGCUUCCAGUCCCUGUAGGAGCCCCAGCCUCCACCUGCUGCCCUCCCCGACCUCCUGGGCUCUGCGGAAGCCCCCUCAACCCAUGCCCUGCAUCUUGUAGCCACGAAGCGUGGCUGGCCACCCUUGGGCCCCGUGUGGCCAUUUUUUAACCGAGAGCUCAAAGCCCCAGACCCAGUUGCCUUCUUCCUGAGACCACAGGUGAAUUGAACCGUUUUCUGAAGCUUUGCCUCCCUGCAGGUGCCGGCCCAACAUACCCCUGGCCCUUUUCUUGAAAGCCCAGACCCCCACUUACGUAAAGUACUUCGGGGUCACUGGAAACCAGUCGGACAUGUUUGCUGAUGCCUUCUGUGCUGGCACGGUGCCCUCCCUGCUGGGACUGCCUGCACCGGGGCCGCCCCCACACCCGUCUGCUGGGCUGGUGAAGAAGCCCGGCUCGUCCAGGCCUGGGCUGUAGCGCUAGGGUCAUUUUGCCCAGGAGGAGAAAGGCCCAGGAAGAGUCAAGGGGGAAAAGCAUAUGUCUGGGUUACGGUCCUUGGUCACAGUUAGAGAACCGGUGUGUGUGGAUCUGUAAUCCUUCGCUGGAAAUAAUUUAUUUUGUGGUAGAUACUUUUUCGGUGCCGUUUUCUUCAUUUCCUACACUUUUUGUUUUUGUUUUUGUUUUUUUUAAUAAACAAAUGUACAGGA